AUUUCCACACUUUACAUCCUCGCCCUGACUAGAUCUAUAAAAAAUGGCGGCGCUUACGAGGCAUGCUUUCUUUUACAAUUUUGUCUUGCGACCGACAAACCUUGGCUUCGACAACAAUUUCACGGCGAGUGUACAUCAAAUUUUCUUGCGCGGAAAGAAAAAAAAGGCCAUUGCUUCAUUUAAGAAAGAAACGCUGGAAUCUACACAAGUCUCUCUAGCCGCUAAAGGCUUCAGAUUGGCUGGUACUAAAUCGACAACGUUCGACCGUAGAGCGAACGAUUCAACUGGUUAUAGGCUGUUAUCAUGGAAUCGUCUAUUCAGCGUAUUAUCAGAGAUUAGAUUUUUGCGAGGUUAUAAACCAUAUGAGCCGAUGAAGGAUGUGUCUGAACGACUUGACUAUCUAUGUCAGGAAAGUAGAAUUUCAACAACCAACGAGACGCGUCUUGAAAAUCCAAUCAUACGCUGUAAUUUACUUAUCCGUUGUCAAGAAGAGCUUAAGCAGUCUAUAUCGAAUUCUAUGCUAUGCACCAUAAAGACAAUAGGAAACUUGAGGCAAUUUUAUCACACUCCAGUAAAUUCAACGAUGCCACUUGAUUCAAUGCGCUUAAUGGACUUACCAAAAAAUUUGCAUAUACAAUAUGAGUACCACCGUUUUCAGCCAGGAACUGACACCAUGUUCAAUGGAAAAACUGCAUUCCCAAAGAGUUCUACUAUAGUGACUGGAUUAAAAUACAAGAAGAAAUACCGAGGCCAUUCUUAAGAAGCAGCAUUGCGUCAAGAAGAUUAUAGUGUAUAAAAUGUUUCUUCCAAGAUCGAAUUUGUGAGCGCUACUAGUCCAAAUAAAGUUGCAUAAUGCAUAUUA